GAUGGCUGCAUCCUGUCCGGCCUCGUCCGGCCGGUCUGAGUCACAUGAGGAGUGAUCGCGAUGGCUGCGUCCAGGAGCGUCGUGUUCGGCGGGGUCCCGGCGCUGCGAGCGGUGAGCGCCGCGGUUUGGAGACGAGCCUGCGGGAUCGGGGCUCCCGCAGCGCGGCUGUAUGUGACACAGACACCGGGGAACCGAAUCCAGUUUAAACUGGAUGAGAAGACGGCUCACAGCAGCCUCGAUCUCUUCAAGAAAGAAACGGGCGUCAUUUAUCGAGUGAUCGGCGUGGACCCAACCAAGGUCCCACAGAACCCGGAGCGCUUCCGAGACUGGGCUGUGGUUCUGGGGGACAGCGCCGUCACGGGGGGCCGGCAUUACUGGGAAGUGACGGUCCGCAAAUCCCAAGAGUUUCGUAUCGGAGUGGCGGAUUGUGGAAUGCCGCGGGAAGACUGCAUUGGAAGCAGUAGCUGUUCCUGGGUGUUUGGCUUCAUGCAUGGAGACUGGUAUUCCAUGACUGGCAAUGAGGUGGUGCCCAUUUCCUGGGUGGGCAAGCCGGAGAGGGUGGGCUUGUUGCUGGACUAUGAGGGCCAGAAGCUGGGGCUUGUAGAUCUAGACAAGCCGGCUAUUGUCCACUCCAUAGCGGCCGAAUUCAAGAGUCCUGCCUGCCCUGCGUUUGCUCUUUGGGACGGGGAGCUGGUCACUCAUUCAGGGCUAGAGGUGCCAGAAAAAUUGUGAUUCUUUAACAUACCUGCUUCUGCCAUUAUAGGUGACAUGACCCCUGUGCUGUCUCCUUAGGUAUGCAGAGUCAAAUACAGCUGUACCAUUGUACUGUCACUUCAACGGGACUCUGCAGAAAGAUGCAGCUUUAUCAGGAGGUCACCAGUCACCUGGCACAAUGUGCAUUCAAGUGAUUGUAGCUAACAGAAUAAUUCCAUCCUUUAUAUGGAUCCAUUCCUUAUAUAGUCUCAAGGUCCAGAUUUGAAAGAAAGACAUGUUAUAGCAAGUUUUAUUUUAUUUUAAAACAUAUCUGGUAUUGCACUAUAAAUACCUGAUUGCAAGCCAUGCUUUCAGUUAGUGUUGCACUUCCUUAGUCACUUGGAGGGUGAACAUUUCCCCACCUCUUCACUGGCUUCUUUCCUAUCAAUAACCAAUCAGCUGUUUCCCCUGGUGACUGACAUGCUGUCAGUCAGUCACAGGACCCAGAAGACACUGCUGAGGUGAAAUGACCCAGGAAGUGCAAACAGGUAACCUGAGAAUAAGGCCUAGAAAGUGAGAGCUUCCUUGAAGCGAAACUAGCACCAGAUAUCAUGUUGAAAAUGGAAAUACUUGUGCUUUAACAUGUGUUUCUUUCAGAAGUGCACAUUUUAUUUCUGUGCAGCUGAUGGAAAUGCAAAACAGCUGAACUUAAUGGAAUUAUUUAGUUUGCUACAAUUACCCAUGCUGUUCAACGUGCUGAUGAGAAGUGGAGGGUGACAUUACUGGGAGUGAUAUUAAACAGGUUUGACUGUAAACAUUAAAAGCAGGGCUCUUUGUACAAAACACUGUAAGACAGUACCUUGUUUUGAGCUUGUUUCUUCAUUAUUAAACCAGUGUGUUGUACAA